AUGCAUAAUAGUGAAUCCAGACAACAGCGCGACUCAUCUAAGAAAACAGUGGUGCGACAGGUAUUCAUCAAACAGUUCAAGGAAGGGGAUGUAAUGCACUUACCUGUGAAGCUGGGAGUGCAAAGCAUGGUCAUCGUGAACGACUUCGAAUUGAUAAAAGAAAUCCUCUGCAAAAAGGAGUGCCUCUUUCGUCCACGCACCUGGGUAUUCAAGGAUGUUGGGGGAAUCGCCUCGCUCAAUGGUAAGGCCUGGCAGGAAAACCGUCGCUACUGCGUGAAGACGCUACGAGAACUUAGCUCUGGGAGGAAAUCCAUGUUGGAACAGGUUAGGGAGGAGUUCCAGUACCUACGAGAGAAAGUGUCAGAAACGAAAGGUCACCCAGUAAUGGUGCGGCCUUUUCUUCUUCCCUGUGUGACCAACAACAUCGCGGCGCUCUUGCUGGGUAGCCGUUAUGAUUUCAACGACCCGAGGCUAAAUCGACUGGACACAUUAUUGGAGGCUUUUCUUAGGAUAUUUUCCGGUGUCUCUCCUGUGGACCCCUUGCCUAAAUGUCUCAAGUGGAUAGCGCCAUAUAUUCACUGUCUGGGAGGUGGCAACGGCCUGGAAUUGCAACAAAAGUUCUUCAAGUUCAUUCGCAAUGAAAUCAAUGACCGGCUGGAGACAGUGGACUCAGAUAUCAAUCCACACUUUAUUAAAGGAUACCUUGCCUUGGUAACGCAGCACAAUGAGAACCCCAAGUCCAACAUUAACGCUCGCGCCCUUCAUGGAAACAUGGUUGAUAUUUUGGUGGCUGGAUCGGCAAGCGUGGCAGCCAGCAUUCUGUAUAUCCUUCUGUACUGCGCCGAGAAACCGGACACAGUUCAAGCCAAGAUCCAGGAAGAGAUUGACCGGGUUGUCGGGUCUGGCCGCACCCCGACGUGGGAAGACCACCGCUUUAUGCCAUACAGCAUGGCUGUCGUAUGGGAGAUGAGUCGCUGGAAAACCCUCACCACGCUGGACCUGCCAAGAGAAGUUGACGAGGAUGUCUUCCUGAGCGGAUACGUGAUCCCCAAGGGAACCAUCGUCGUAGCCAAUUUCUGGGCUGCUCACUUCGACCCCAAGUACUGGAAGAAUCCCGAAGAAUUCGACCCUUCCCGAUUUAUGACGCCAGAUGGAUCCGCACUCCUUCCAAGACCGGAAUUCCUCAUCCCUUUUUCAAUUGGAAAACGAAUGUGUCCCGGAGGGGCCCUGGCUACGAUUCAGAUCUUUCUGUGCGUAACAACGUUGCUGCAGGCGUUCCGCGUGCUGCCCGAGGAGGGGGCCAGCUACAGCGUAGGUUCGGAUCUGUUUGCAGAUCUGUUGAUGCAGGGACUUUGUUUUGUACCCCGUAUGCCGGAGUAA